GUUAGUGGCGGGCUGCUGGAGUGUUGGCGCGCGCGGUUCGUGUGAGCUUAUAUAAAGAGACUGCUCCAUGGUUGGCUCGUAUUCUGCGCUCAAGAGACCUGCAGUGAAGAUGAGAUUACUGGUUAUCUUCGUCAUAGCAGCAGUUGCUGCGGCCCUGCCAAGGAAACCCACCAAGGACUUCCCGAAGAAGUAUAACUCGACUUUGGACGGUCUCAAGGACACCUAUGGAACUUACGAAGAAACGCCAGCCGGGGACUUGGUUGUACCUGCUGAGACACCCUUCCUUGACGCUCUUCUCCCUCCUUCAUCCUACGACGCCUACUUUGAACGACAGCCAGAGGACCCCAUCCUUCCCCCUGAAGGAUCUUCUUACACGGGCGUGAACGAAAGCUCUGAAGGAGAAGCCCUCGUGCCCCCACCAGUAGAUACCUAUUCUGCACACUCAGGUAGCGGCCAUUUCGACCUCGUGCCUCCCCCUGUCUCCCCCCAGGAACCAGAGGGCCAGAAAUCCUACGUAUCCUACGAAGAAGGUGGUCAGGAAUCAUUAGCCGUUCCAGCCCUGUCCACCUAUGCGCAAAGCCCCUCAGACAAGUCGGGUGCUGAUGUACUGGCAUCCUUGGCUUCUAUGGUACACGCCCUUCCCACACCCAGUACCUACGAGAGCUACGAUCCCACGAUCACCUUCGAAGACGACCCCAACGCUCCAUCUCUCAUCCUUCGCCCUCCAAGAGCUCAGGAGAACCCCGAGCCAAGCCACAGCUCGUACUCCGAAGUAGCAGAUGACCAGCCCACACUCACUCCUGAGCAGAUCAUGGCUGUCCAAGAGGCAUUGAUCCCACUGCCUGUGUAUGAUCUGAUCCCUCCCACCUUGUAAAUACUUAUACGUAGAUCUUCUGUUAGAAUUACAGUCACAACUGACAGGAACAGGAGUCUUGGUCCUAGCUGCUGUGAAGUCGUCGUUAGGCAGUGUUGUAGUCUCAUACCUCAGUCUCCUCUUCGUUUUGUGUAGUCUCAUACCUCAGUUUCCUCUUCGUUUAUGUCUACCUUAGGUCUCAGGCUUUGCUUCCUGUCAGCAACAUUUCUUUAAUAAAUCUCUAAGUCAUGUUUAUUAAAUAUAGUGUUUUAAGAUGCAAUUGCUCAUAUCUUUUUUUUAGGGAGACUGCGAAAAGUGGUUUUCCUAUGAUGGUAAAAGAGUAUGGCUAUCUCACAAACUUCACAGAUUCUUCACGUAGGGACAUAGCUUAUUAUUGUUCAAGUUAACGUUAUGUUAAAACUGUCACAACCAGAACUUUGUCAUUACUGACAAAGAACAUUAAGAGGCUAGGUAUAUGAUGUAUUAUUUAGUGCGUUCCCCAAUAUCAUUACUGGAACAAUAUACUUCCACACAUCUUGUCUAUUCUCGCGCCAAAGUCAUCAAAGUGAUUUGUUCGUAAGAGGGACAAAAACACUGAUAUAUAUAACUAGUGGAUUCAGCUAUGGCGGCCAAGUUGAGCGCUGCAUUAACGAUAAGGCUCGGUGCAUAG